AUGACUAUACCAAGGUUGGAAUUGAUGGGUGCCACACUCUCCAUCAAACUUGAUGCGAUGGUUCGUAGAGAGUUAGAUGUGUCAUUAGAGGAUUCAGUAUUUUGGACAGACAGCACCAUAGUACUGCAGUAUGUGAAGAAUGAGGAGCGACGGUUUCUCACAUUCGUGGCAAAUAGAGUUGCAGUUAUCCAUAGCGGGUCAUCACCCAGUCAAUGGCAUCAUGUUGUGUCUAGGCUUAAUCCAGCCGAUGAUGUUUCAAGAGGACAAACAGCUGAGGAGCUGCUUACUAACAAGCGAUGGCUCUAUGGACCCGACUUCCUUUGCCUGGAAGAUAGUGAAUGGCCAAAAUCGCCAAGCCUGAGAGAUCUACCAGAUGAAGAUCCAGAGAUAAAGCCAGACAAGGAGGUGGUUACUGUAUGUGCUGUAAACAAGAUGGAACAGGUCGAUGUGGUAGACAGGUUGUUGAAGAGGCAUUCCUCAUGGCAUAGAUUGAAGAAGAAUGUGGCGUGGUUGCUGCAGGUAAAAAACUACUUGCGAGCCAAGGCAAGGAAGCAACCGACAGUAGACAUGCAGAAGCUACUGGCCGUAGAUGAGAUGACGAGAGCAGAGGAUGCUAUCAUUUUGUAUAUCCAGAGAGAGUCCUUUUGUGAAGAGUUGAAGUUCCUCCAGAAGGACAAGGUAGACUCCAGAAGGUCAAAGGACUACAUCAAGAAGACAAGUCCUUUAUACAAGCUUGACCCAGUGUUGUCCGCUGAUGGUAUCAUAAGGAUUGGUGGUCGUCUGAAGAACGCUCCAGUAGACGAGGGAGUGAAACGUCCGGCCGUGUUGCCUAAAGAUCACCAUGUAGUCACUCUGAUUGUCAGACAAUUCCAUCAAGAAUCGGGACACUCUGGAAGAGAGCACGUACUUUCCCUAUUGCGUCAAAGAUAUUGGUUGAUCAAGGCCAGGUCUACAGUCCGCAGUAUUUUGCGUGAUUGUUUUGGGUGUAGACGUCAAUCAGCCACACCAGUCGAGCAAAAGAUGGCAGAUCUGCCAUCUGACAGGGUCACGCCAAACAAGCCACCAUUCAGUUUUGUUGGAGUGGAUUGUUUUGGUCCGUUCAUGGUUAAACCAGGUCGAAGCUUGGUCAAACGCUAUGGGUGUAUCUUUACCUGUCUAGUUGUUCGAGCCGUUCAUAUUGAAGUCCUACAUACCAUGGAAGCGGAUUCUUUCAUCAACACGUUACAACGGUUCAUGUGUCGACGUGGAGAGCCGGAAGAGAUCAGGUCCGAUAACUGGUCCAACUUUGUGGGCGCCGAGAGAGAGCUUAGAGAAGCUACACAGUCCCUAGAUCAGCAGAAGGUCAAUGAGUUCCUCCUUCAGAAAGGGGUGAAGUGA